AUGCGCUCUCUUACUCCAUUCGUCCUACUGGCUGUAGCGGCAUCAGUGACUGCCAUCCCAAUCACACCCGCCGCACCGAAACUCCAACAUCUUGCUGAACAGAUGAGAUUCGAAGGCGUGGCUGAGCAUGAUAUCGCGGAGCAACUCGCGUUGUCUCCCGAGACAAGUGAGGAUCUGCCCGGGCCUCUUCUUUCCCAGCUCCCGUUCCCAUUACGUUCCCUUUUCGGCGCCAAAGCCGCUACAGCAGAACGCGACCUCACAGGCGAUAUCGCACCGGGCUCGCUAGAAGCUCCCCAGAUGCUUCCGCGCGCUGCGGCACCGCAAUCAUUUAUCGAUAGACUGAAGGCUAAAGAGAGUUCGGCGUAUGAAGGCAAAGAAUCCGAAAUGAGACGGCCUUGGGGCAUGCGGCAUUGGGACCCGGUGGGUUAUCACUGGGAAUAG